AUGGAGAAAAUAGGAAUAGAGAAGAAGUUUAAUGUGGUUGGGACAAGCUACGGUGGAUUUGUGGCGUACCAUAUGGCAAAAAUGUGGCCGGAAAAAGUGGAGAAAGUAGUGAUCGCAAGCUCCGGCAUCAACAUGAGAAAGUGUGACAGUGAAAGUUUAUUGCAACGAUCGAACUGUGAGUGCAUUGAGAAAGUUAUGUUACCAUCAACGGCGUCCGAGCUUCGGACACUUAUGGGUUUGGCAUCUUCAUGGAAGAUGCUUCGUAUGUUUCCUGAUGCUCUCUGGAACGACUUUAUUAGUAAUUUAUAUCAAAAGAAUAGAGAAGAGAAAAUAGAGUUAUUGAAGGGAGUAACUCUUGGCAGGGACGAGAAAUUAAUCAUCGAUCCUCUUUCUCAGGAGGUCCUAAUAGUAUGGGGAGACAAAGAUCAAAUAUUUCCCGUGAAGAUGGCCUACGGAUUAAAAGAGAUUCUUGGAGAUAAGACGAAACUGGAAAUCAUUGAGAACACUUCACAUAUUCCCCAAAUCGAAUGUGCUCAAGAGUUUAACAAUAUCGUUUUGAGAUUUUUGAAAGGAUCUCAAUAA